CAGCAGCUCUCCAAAGCGCACCUGCAUGCUUGCACACCCACAUGGAUGCACGGUGCCCAAUCAGAGAAUGCCAGCUUCCAUCUUGGCCGAAUGCCUAUUUAAACUGCUGCCUUUGGCCACUCAGCAUAAUAUAUCCACCUCGAUCUGUUAAAUUCUCUCUAGCAUGGACAUAUCAACUGGAUCAUUUGCUCGGUUCCUUGCGUUGCUUGCAACAACAUGCCUCUUUUGGAACAAGGCUUCCGGUUUCAGAUCGUCCGGCGUCAGCAGAGCCUUCGCCACCUUCUAUGGCGGCAGUGACGCCUCAGGAACCAUGGGUGGGGCAUGCGGGUAUGGUAACCUGUACUCGACGGGGUACGGGACGAGCACGGCGGCGCUGAGCACAGUGCUGUUCAACGACGGCGCGGCGUGCGGGCAGUGCUACCGGAUCUCCUGCGACCACGCGGCGGACCCCAGGUUCUGCCGCCGGGGCACGUCGGUGACCGUUACGGCCACAAACCUGUGCCCGCCAAACUACGCGCUCCCCAACGACGACGGCGGGUGGUGCAACCCGCCGCGGCAGCACUUCGACAUGGCGGAGCCGGCGUGGCUCGACAUCGGCAUCUACAGCGGCGGCAUCGUGCCGGUGCUGUACCAGAGGGUGGCCUGCGCCAAGAAGGGCGGCGUGAGGUUCGCCGUCAGCGGGCACGACUACUUCGAGCUCGUGCUGGUGAGCAACGUCGGCGGCUGCGGGUCCAUCCAGGCCGUGUCCAUCAAGGGGUCCAGGACCGGCCGGUGGAUGCCCAUGUCCAGGAAUUGGGGGGUCAACUGGCAGUCCAAUGCGUUGCUCAGCGGACAGAGCCUGUCGUUUCAGGUCACCAGUACUGAUGGACAGACGAUCACUUUCCCUAACGUCGCUCCGGCUGGAUGGGGGUUCGGCCAGACGUUUCAGACCUCCAGGCAGUUCUCUUAAGUCUUAACUCCCUAGAGGUCGGAUUGUGACUCGUGAGGACCAAGUUAUAGGCUUGUGAACGUACUCAUCUGAUCAGUGUGCGUUGUGUAAAGUUCUUUUACCGCUGGUAUAUAUCCCUCAAGAACAGGGAACCAAGUAUUUCCUUCGAGUUAAA